AGAGGGAUCAAACCUGCUACUAGGACAGACCCAAGCUGUCAAUCUGCUGCACGCUGUGUUGACGGUGGCCACACGCAUCAUUGGGAGAGUUACAUGCUACUGCAGCCUCUGAAAUCCACCUUCAUUUGCAGUUUAUAUUCCUAAUGCAGUUUUUUGCCAAGGAGCAAGUAGGACUGCUAACCCAGAAACUCAGUGGGACAGCCUUCAAGAAGUAGCCUCCUAGUUGAUGGUUCAGUAUUUAGAAAAAGUCCUAAUCUUCCUCACACCUGCCAAGGCCGUGCCAAGCUAUAAAUACGGGGAUCAUAAGAGGAUCAACCUGGUGUCAGUGUGAAGGAUCCUGGUGCAUAGUGAUCUUGGCACACAAUAUACCAGAGGAGCCAAGGCAAAGGUAUAAAGUACCUUCUUAACAAAUACUCCAGAGAGGCGGCAACACUAGGGAAAUUUGUUGUUUAUCUCCCACAAGCUAGUGAAGAUGUUUUUUUGUUUUUUUUAUGUGAUGGAUAAGAUGUGCUGAGAAGGAAUCGGGAUCUGUUUUUCUGUCAUCAGAAAACGAGGCUGUUUGGAGAGAGAAGCUGCUUUUCUACUUAACGGAUCUCUGCCGCAUUCUCUGCAGUGCUGAUGUCUCACCAGUUUUGAUACAGAGGCUCGAGCCCUCGCUGUUGCAGCCACAACAUAUACAGUACUGUGCUGCCACACCUGCUGAUGCUGGAGCUAUAAAAAUCAGCACUUCUGACAUGUUGACAUCCUGGCAGCUCACCCCUAAACUGGACACUGUUUCCUCUUUCAAAAGGACAUCAGUUUUUUCCAAGUGACCAGGACUGAUUUGAACAACAGCUUUCAUGCCUCAUGUGGCAUCAGUCAUGCUUUAAUUGCAUUUGGUAAAUCAAGAGUGGAGACAUUUAAGGGUGCAGUGCAGCCUUGGAUCCGAGGUGGAACCACAGUCCGCCCGGGCGCCCAGCCUUCGGGCCGGAGACGCUCCAUACCAGCAACUACUCUCUGGUGUUACUGAUUCAGCUCAGCCUGCUCUCCUUUGACCUGUUUGUCAACUCCUUCAGUGAGCUGCUGAGGACCGAACCGGCAGUGCAGCUGGUACUAUUCAUAAUCCAGGACAUUACCAUCCUGUUUAACCUGAUCAUCAUUCUGUUGAUGCUGUUCAACACCUAUGUGUUCCGGGUCGGACUGGUUGCCAUAUUGCUGGCGCGGUUUAGAACCAUGCUAAUGCUCUCUGUUCUUUACUUGACCUUCAGUAUCAUACUCCACUCUUGGCUUAUGAAUCUGCGCUGGUUAAAUACCAACAGAUUUAUUUGGACCGAAGGGCUUCAGGUGCUGUUUGUGUUCCAAAGAGCUGCUUCUGUGUUGUACUACUACUUCUACAAGAGGACCUCAGAGUACCUGGGUGACCCUCGCCUCUAUGAGGAUUCACCGUGGCUGCGAGAUAUCUUUGCACGGGUCAGAUAAUGAGCUCUCUGCAACUGUUCACACAUUAGUGCCUAAUGUAAAAAUGGCACUAAAAAAUACCCAUGUACAACAUGUUACAAUGAAAACCCAUACAAAACAAAACACUGGCCACUGUAAUCCACUUCAUUUUAAAGGAAAUUUAUUCAGGCCUAAAAUGUGUCCAUUACAGCACAGCUGUUGUAGACUAUUUGACUGGCUCAAAAGAAUAUUCCACAUUUCCUUUGAAUGCAGAGAGGAUUGUGCCAAAAUUUAGGAAGGCAUUUUAAAAGAAGAACACCAGAAGAUUUCACGAGGGGUUGUUUUCCUGCACAAAUGAUUUAAAAAAAAAAAAAUCAAAUCUGAGAUAGUAAAUGUUUUAUAUCCUGCUGGUACCGGUCACCACAUAGCCUCCUUUCUUUUCUUUGUUGUUAUGUUUAAAAAAAAAAAAAACACUAUACUGCAAUUGUUUUUAUAUACAUUUGAGAUUAUGGUGUUCCUUUAACUCUGUUUGUUAUGUUGAUACUGAACAGGGUUUGACUUUUACUUAUCUUCACUGUCUGCGAAAUCAUCACAUGCAUCUGAACUGGCUGUCUUUAAUUUUCAUACACUACACAUGCUGAGAAUGCAAUAAAAUGUUGUUUAAAAUA